AUCAUUCUACUUCAAGUUACAAUUCAUUUCUGAAUGCUAUAAGACGUCUUUUUCACUUUUAAGUACAAUACACUAAAACGUAACAUAACAAAAUGAUCAAACUCAUUCUAGCAAUUGCUUUUUGCGUCUCUAUAACUAUGACUGUGGUCCAGACAGCCCCGGCUAAAUAUACUACUAAAUAUGAUAAUGUAAAUAUCGAUGAAAUUCUGAACAAUGACCGUUUGGUCGCCAGCUACUUCAAGUGUCUGAUGGAAACGGGAAAAUGUACACCAGAAGGCGAAGAAAUUAAACACGUAGGAGUUAAAGUUUUGAAUGCAGCAUUUGCUAAUACAUUUCAAUAUAUGCCUCCUGAAUUAAUGGGCACUAUAGCGGAAAUGCAUGGGGCAAUCAACCAGGCAUAUCAGAAAGAAGCUGAUCAAUUAACACAAAACAAUUAAAUUAAAAUACAAUUUGUCAUUCUCAUACGUUAUAGAAUAAUAAUUUUUACAGUUUUCGUCUUACAUAUUAACUUACAUAUUAAUAUAUUUUUUUUGGUUAAUAAAAUAUUAUACAUUUAUUCAGUUAAAAUAAAACCAUUUUUUUAAUAUUAGGUUAAUUAUUCCAUGCAAGGUGUAAUUAUUUUUUGAUCUUAUACCUUUCCAUUGUUUUAGAUUGAUUGUUAAAAAAUAAAAAUAAAUUCUACAUAAUAUUGAGCUUAAAAAGCAAAGAAACUUAUAUGGUCUUAUAAAUUCUUUAACUAUAUUAAUGUGUUUAUGUUAUCAAAUUUAUUGAU